AUGACUUCCAUUCCUGUGUCCCCGUCAGAACCCACCCCGGUCCCUGUCAGCGACCCCAAUGACCAGACCGUGGAAAUCCCCGAUCACGAAUUUUUCCCUCACCCCGUCUGGUUGCAGCGCUGGUAUAACCCCGAGUUCACAGACGAGGGUCGUGCCAAAUGGGAAGCUGAGCCGUGGUACGAGAGCACAGCUCAGCGCGAACCCCAUAGGAUCCUUAGGCGGCCCACGCGCUGUUUCCCAUGGGGUUUUUUCAUCUAUCGCACGGUUUACACUGCCGAGUCAGAUAGAUUAUGGCCUCUCGCUAUCGAAAAGCUUACCCGUGUGCUAGGCGAGUGCAUUGAGGGCGAUUUGAAAUUUGGACGUCCGAACAGGCGCGGCGCAGAUGACCCGCGUCCCGAACAGCUGGCGCAGGCGUCGCAUAAGGAUGCUGUGAUCUAUGAUGCGGAUCAUUGGGACGGUGCUAGCAUCGACCUGGUUCGCGAUCAUUUUGCGGAGUAUCUGCGCAAAACAAACCAGGUGGAAUGCGGUGGGGAGCAGCGGCUUGCUUUGUGUCUUGUUAUUGAUGAGAGGGCUUUGAAAUCGAUCAUUGCACCGGAGGACUCUGUCGGGUUUGUUGGGACCGUUGAUGGACGAUAUGAUUCCUUAACGAAAUAA